CCAAACCCAUUUAAGCAUGGAGCAAAAUCUAAAAAAAGAAAAUGUUUUCGGAAUUGCCAAAAACAGAUUCAUUCUCAUUCUUUGUGAGAGCGUCGAAUCAAAUUGAUAAGAGUGAACGAGCGAAAGAAAGGAACAGCAGAGAAAGAGAACGACGAUGAGUGGAAUAGUGAAGAAAGUAACAGAUGUGGCAUUCAAGGCAUCUAAGAACAUAGAUUGGGAUGGAAUGGCUAAGCUUAUUGUCUCCGAUGAAGCUCGCAAAGAGUUCGCUUCUCUCCGUCGCGCUUUUAAUGAAGUCAACUCACAGCUCGAAACCAAGUUUAGCCAGGAACCUGAACCAGUAGAUUGGGAAUAUUAUAGAAAGCAAAUUGGUUCUCGCUUGGUUGAUGUGUACAAGGAAGCAUACGACAGCAUUGAGAUCCCAAAGUAUGUAGACACUGUCACUCCUCAAUACAAACCAAAGUUUGAUUCUCUGUUGGUGGAACUCAAAGAAGCAGAACAGAAAUCCCUUAAGGAGUCUGAAAGACUUGAAAAGGAGAUUGCAGAAGUUCAAGAGUUGAAGAAAAAGCUCAGUACCAUGACUGCUGAUGAAUACUUUGAGAAGCACCCUGAGUUAAAGAAGAAGUUUGAUGAUGAAAUCCGCAACGAUUACUGGGGUUAUUGAUUUUGGGUCUGUGCAUCAGUCAUUCGGUAUUUUUGAAAAGGAUGUUCAGGUUGUCCAAAAUACCAUGGUCACAGAAUUGAAAAUUCAGAAGUGAUUUGUAUCUUCUUAGAAUUAGCAAGUACAAGAUACUUGUGUUUUGACUCAACAUGAAGCAGUGAUGACGAUGAUAAUCUCAUGUCAAAUGAGAAUCAUGAACUCAUAUAUUAUCGACUUGUUCGGUUAAUUUGUUUUAUGAGGCUUAUCAUGUAAGUAAUCCAUUAAAUUUCCAGGAUCUACUUGCUUUCAAGUAACUAGAGUCAUAUUUUCUAA